UCAAAAAAAUGUGUACUUCUUUUUGACAGAACAAGUGGUGGGGGAAUCUUCAAUGACUGGAAACUUCUCGAAUAAGAAUCCUCGAGAAUAAAAAGUAACGUGUUGAAAACGUGUUUUUGUGAUUAUUAAAGUGCCGGUCAAAUGGAUCAAGUCGCUGUUUUGAAAGAUAAAGGCAAUGCCGCAUUGGCCGCCAACAACUUCGAAGAGGCUAUCAAACAUUACACCGAAGCCAUCAAACUGGACCCCACAAACCACGUGUUGUACUCAAACCGCUCCGCUGCAUAUGCCAAAGCCAACAAACAUGAGCCUGCUCUCGAAGACGCCAACAAAACGGUCGAAUUGAAACCCGAUUGGACUAAAGGUUACUCGCGAAAAGGGGCUGCUUUGGCUUACUUGGGCCGUCUUGAUGACGCCAUCGCUACGUACGAAAAGGGCCUCCAGAUCGAGCCCACCAACGUGCAGUUGCAAGAAGGGCUCAAGGAAGUGCAAUCCCAGAAAACCACCUCUCGUUUCCCUAACCCCUUCAACCGGCCCGACCUCAUGGACAAGCUGCGGAGUGACCCCCGGACCAGACCCCUGCUAGAUGACCCCAAUUACGUCGCUACGCUUCAUAUGCUCAGAGCCAAUCCGAAUCUUCUAGGCCAAAAACUCCAAGACCCCAAUAUCUUGACCACUUUGAGUGUCCUAAUUGGGAUUGAUCCAGGGGAAGAACCGAUGGAGACUGAACCCGUUUAUACCCCUCCGCCCAAAAAACCCGAACCUAAAUUUGAACCCAAAAAAGAACCAGAACCUGAUUUACCCGAAAAUAAGAAGCUCGCCAAAGCUGAGAAGGAACAAGGGAACGAAUUUUACAAGAAGAAGAAUUUUGAAAAAGCCAUCGAGCAUUAUAAUAAAGCUAUAGAACACGAUCCAACUGAUAUUACGUUUUAUAAUAAUUUGGCGGCGGUUUUUUUUGAAGAAAAGGAUUAUGAUAGAUGUAUUAAAGAGUGUGAGAAAGCUAUAGAAAUAGGAAGGGAGAAUAGGGCCGAUUUUAAAUUAAUCGCAAAGUCGUUUCUUAGGAUUGGUAAUGCGUAUAAGAGACUGAAGAAUUAUCAACAGGCGAAAAUUUACUACGAAAAGUCAAUGUCUGAACAUAGGACGCCUGAAAUUAAGACGCUGUUGUCCGAUGUUGAGAAGAUUAUCAAAGAGGAAGAACGGAAAGCUUACGUUAAUCCGGAAUUAGCAGAAAAAGAAAAAGAAAUUGGUAAUGAAUUAUUCAAGAAAGGUGACUACGCCACUGCCGUUAAACACUACACCGAAGCCAUCAAACGCAACCCAGAAGACGCCAAGCUGUACAGUAACCGUGCUGCCUGUUAUACAAAAUUAGCUGCCUUCGACCUGGGUUUAAAAGACUGUGAAAAAUGCGUCGAACUCGAUCCGAAAUUCAUCAAAGGGUGGAUCCGAAAAGGACACAUUUUGCAAGGAAUGCAACAACCGACUAAAGCUAUGUCCGCUUUCCAAAAAGCACUGGAAAUCGAUCCGAAUAACGCCGAAGCCAUCAAUGGAUACAGAGCAUGCAGUAUAGAAAAUGCGAGCGGGUCAGGUGAUCCGGAAAAGAUAAGACAGCGUGCCAUGGCCGAUCCGGAAGUGCAGUCGAUUUUGAGAGAUCCAGCGAUGAGGAUGAUUUUGGAACAAAUGCAAAAUGAUCCGAGAGCUUUGCAAGAUCAUUUAAAGAAUCCUGAUAUAGCAGCGAAAAUACAGAAGUUGUUGGAGUCGGGGCUUAUUGCUAUCCAUUAAUAAUUUUUGUGUGCUCUGAAUAUGUUUGUAUUGCUGCAUUUAGGAUGGUUGCAGUAUCUUUUUACUUAGCUUAAACAUUUUAAGUAAUAAAUUUACGUUUUUAAAGCACAAUUUAUUUACUUACCAACAAGUCUGAUUCAAGGUGCCCUCUAUAUACUUGUUUCAACUAAGAUAAUUCUUGUACUUUUAAUUUCUUAUGUAAUCAUCAAAGUAAAGCUUUUAGAUGUU